UGUUUUUAAUCCCCCCAGAAAAAUGAUGCUGAUUGUAAUUGUGUGUUUGGCGAACUUUUUGGAGCUCCCAGUUGUACAGAGUGAAAACGGAGCUCACUAUGAUGAUCCUAAAAACGACACAAUGCCGAAAAACGCUAUUUUACCGGGUCAGUUAUAUGAAAUACCAAAUGUGAGGAAUAGAAGAGAUACAAAAAUGUCAGCUGGAAGACAAGUUGUUGUAUCUGCUGCUGAUAUUGAAAGCAUGAAAAAUGUCCCGCUGUCUGCCAUAUCACCUACCCUUCCAGAAAUUCAGCGACAGAUUCUUGAUCUACACGAUGAGUAUAGGAGGAAAACCGAUCCACCUUCUUGUAAUAUGCUGAAAAUGGUGUGGAAUGAAAAAGCAAGAAAAAAUGCUGAAAUCGUGGCAAGUCAAUGUAAAGUUGGGCACAGUGAUGUAUCGAUGCGGAACACAGACAAUUAUAAAUGUGGGGAAAAUAUAUACUACGCAUUCGAUAAAGUCCCCUGGAGAGCUGUUAUUGCCGCAUGGUUCAGUGAAGGUCCAGACUUUGUCUAUGGGAAAGGGCCGGUUGACAUAAACAAAGAGGUCGGACACUUCACUCAGCUAAUGUGGGCUACGUCACAUGAUAUGGGCUGUGCUGUUGCAGAAUGCAAUAAUCCUUUAUUUAAGUACAUCUUCGUGUGCCAUAUGUGUCCAGCAGGAAACAAAGGUGACAAGCUACAUCCCUGGAAGUCUGGAACUCCAUGUGGAGAUUGUCCCAAUUCGUGUCAAAAUAACCUCUGCACGAAUCCUUGCCAAUAUCAAGACUGGUAUAAUGACUGCCCAUCGUAUAGAACCGGACCAACCUGUGGAUCUGAUGCAAGUCUUAAGCACGACUGUCCUGCCAUGUGUCUUUGUACAGAUGGGCAGAUAAAAUAAUCCUGCAACAGAGUUUUACGUAUAAACAUUAAAGUAGUGCUGGCUAAUGCAAGUUUAUUUAAUUAAAUGUAUCUUAAAUCAGAAAUUCUCAAACAGGGUCCUCAAGGGACCCCAAUAGUCCAGGCUUAGCACAGAUGGUUAAAUCAAAUUGACUGAGGUGCUAAUGGUCUAUUCAUGAAGCAGUGAAAAGUGUGGAAAAGUGAGCCAG